CAGAUGUGAAAUGGCUUCCUCAAGCGGCUGUCCAGACAGCCAGAUGGGGACCCCAGGCCAGAGGCAUAUAGAGGAGUGGUCAUCUGUGACGAGCAACAUUAACGACAAGCUGGUUAAACUGGAGGAAGACAACGACGGCAAUUUGGAGGAGAUGGAGGACUGUUUCGAUACUUUGACAGAAGAGGAGGUAGAACUGUUCCUAAUGGAUGCCUUGUGGGUAAAUGAACGACUUCUCGAUUAUUCAGACACGCUGAACGAGAUAUCUGACAGCAUCGACACUCUAAACUUGGCGGACCCUAUCGUGCUGUCUGAAGAAGAAGAGGGAGAAUCCUCCUCUUCAGGAAUGAAUUAUCAGCGAGAAGAUGUAAUGAAAGAAGAGUUGGUGGUUACUAAGGCAACUGAGAGGCCCCCAUCUCGUCUUCCUCCUCUACAGAUUUGAAAACGAUAAUACAUUGUCGGAUGACUUUGUUAAAAGCAGAAUUUUCUAGAGGACGAUUUCGUUCGACAAAAAAUUUAACAGAGAUUGUAUAAUUUUCAUUUAGCUUGUUUUGAAUUUAAACAGAUUUAUGAUGACAAUAUACCCCAAAGUGAAUGUGAUGAUAUAACAAUAACAUUGCAAAUUUGUACAGAUA